GGAAUGUGACAUGUUUAAUUUGUAUGCACUGUCGGUGUAAACACCAUACAUGAUGUAUUGAUAUAUUAUGUGUAAAAUAACUUUACGCCGAAUAUAAAUUAAAUUAAAAAAAAAACAAACUCACACUAGUAAUUUUUCAAAAAGUAAUAUAAAAAACUCAAACUCAACGCCGCUUCAUUGCACCUUGCGCUGCCGUCCCAAGUGCUAUAACAAAAGCGACUUCUCCCCACUUCCACCACCGAGUCAGAAAAAUGGACGAUGACACAGAGAAAGAACUCAUUUCAAACGAAAAAGAAUCAGAAGCAGCUUUACAAAAAAAGCACUUAUCAAUGCUAGACCGUCUCUCCAAACGCCAACAAUCCCGUUCAACCAACUCGACCGAACCUUCAACAGAAUCAACUUCCUCAUUCCUCACACGCUUCUCUCAACUUAAAUCCUCCAUCGAAUCUCACCUCUCCGAAUCACAAUCAAUUUCCUCCGAUCCUUCUCAGCUUAAACCGCACUUCGAUAAAAUCUCAGAAUCAAUCUCCGAUUUGGAAAAACUCGUUGCUCAAAGCUCUUAUUUCCUUCCCUCUUACGACGUUCGAUCUUCUCUCAAAACCGUUUCCGAUUUGAAACGAAACCUUGAAAAUCUCAGUUCCGAACUGAUCCCUAAAAAGAAAUUCUCGUUCAAGAAUAAAGCGAGUAAGAAAGAGCGUGAUUCUGUUAUUCCUGAAUCAAAACCUGAAUCCAAAUCCAAACAGAGUAUAGUUACCGUUCACGAUUCUGUUCAAUCGAGUUUUGUAGUGCGUGAUUCUCCAGGGUUUAGGAAUAAAACCGGUGAGGUUUUAAUUGGAGAGUUUAGCGAAUCAGAGGUUGGGGAAUUCACGAUUUCGGAUCUUGAUUCGUGUGAAGUGAGGAUAAUUGGUUGUGUUAGGGCGCUUUUUAUUCAUAGGUUGAAGAAUUGUAGGGUUUAUGUUGGGCCUGUGACGGGAUCGAUUCUGAUUGAGGAAGUUGAGGGUUGCGUUUUUGUUAUUGCGUCGCAUCAGAUUCGGAUUCAUGGUGCUAAGGGAAGUGAUUUUUAUCUUAGGGUUAGGAGUAGGCCUAUAGUUGAGGAUUGUAAUGGAGUGAGAUUUGCGCCGUAUUGUUUGAGUUAUCGAGGGAUUGAAGAUGAUCUUCGUGGGGCUGGUCUUGAUGCUGAGACCGGAAAUUGGGCCAAUGUGGAUGAUUUUAGGUGGUUGCGUGCAGUGCAGUCUCCGAAUUGGUCAAUUUUGCCGGAGAAUGAGAGGGUUGGGAUUGUUGAUAUAUCUAAGUCGGAAAGUAUGAAGGAGGAAAUUUGAUUUGAGCUGUAGAACUAGUGUUUUUUAAGAUUGUUUAUUUUUAUUUAUUAAUAUUAUUACUGUUGAGAGAGCCAUUUGAUUCUUCUUCGGCCUAGGAAUGCUUUUUUUAUCUGAAUUUGAUGUUGAGAUUAAUGUGAUUUUGGAAAUACAAAUGGUUUUGGA